CGGCAGAGUACAGAGAGACAGAGAGAGAGAGAGAGAGGGACAGUAUAUUCUUUUUUUAUUUUUCUUCGUCAAUUUAACUCGUUUUGCACGACUUUGUCUUUCCCUCUGCAGUUUCCAUUUCUACCUGGGAACCAUCACACGAGCCAUCCACUAUUCUCAACUUUCAUUUCCUCCCUCUUCUCCUUUUCUUCUCCCUCUUCUUUUAAGACUCUGUUUUUAGGGCCUUCGUAUCUAGCCCUCUACUUUCUUUCUACACCUCCUCUGCUGAACUCUUCAACCUUAGGAACUGGUUGUCAAGUAAUUAAAUCCAGUGUUGGUGUACUAGUUUCCUGCCAAUUUCUGGAAGUGGCUAUUUAAUACUGUUCUUCAAUACUCCUUUGUGUGUUUGGUUAAAAAUUUUCGAUGAGUAAUCUCAAGCUAGGAGUGGAGGUUGUAAGUGCUCACGACCUUAUGCCCAAAGAUGGGCAGGGCUCAGCCAGUGCUUUUGUGGAGCUUCAUUUUGAUCAUCAGAAAUUUCGCACCACUACUAAAGAAAAAGAUCUUAAUCCUGUUUGGAAUGAGAAUUUCUACUUCAACAUCUCUGAUCCAAAUAACCUAUCCAACCUCACUCUUGAAGCCUAUGUAUACAACCAUAGUAAAGAAAACAACUCCAAGUCUUUCCUUGGAAAGGUUCGCCUUACUGGAACCUCAUUUGUUCCUUAUUCUGAUGCUGUUGUUUUGCAUUACCCUCUGGAAAAACGAGGCAUUUUUUCUCGUGUCAAAGGAGAGCUUGGUUUGAAAGUAUUUGUUACUGAUAAUCCUUCAAUAAGAUCCUCAAACCCACUUCCUGCAAUGGACUCCUCUCUGUCUGCAGAUUCACGUUCAACCCAAGCUCAAGCACCAGAACAACAGAUUCCAAAUUCAGUUCCAAAACUGUUCUCCAGUGGCAAGAAUGAGUCAAGGCAUACAUUUCAUCACCUUCCAAACACUAGCCAGCCAAUGCCACAACCACAGCAACAGCAACAGCAACAUGUCCCCGCAGCAGCCCCCCAGCAAACAAUGAAUUAUGGGACUAAUGAGAUGAGAUCUGAACCUCAGGCUCCAAGAAUUGUUCGCAUGUUCUCUGAUUCAUCGUCACAGCCUGUUGACUAUGCACUCAAAGAGACUAGUCCUUUCCUUGGAGGGGGGCAAAUUGUCGGAGGGCGAGUCAUAGGUGGGGACAGGAUAGCUAGCACUUACGAUCUUGUUGAAAAGAUGAUGUACCUUUUUGUACGGGUUGUUAAAGCUCGUGAUCUUCCCACCAAGGAUGUGACCGGGAGCCUUGACCCAUAUGUUGAAAUAAGAGUUGGAAAUUACAAAGGAAUUACAAAAUACUUUGAGAAGCAGCGUAACCCUGAAUGGAAUGAAGUGUUUGCCUUUGCAAGGGACAGGAUGCAAUCAUCUGUACUGGAAGUUGUUGUUAAGGAUAAGGAUUUGGUGAAGGACGACUUUGUUGGGAUUGUCAGAUUUGAUAUGAAUGAGAUUCCAACACGGGUCCCACCUGAUAGCCCAUUGGCACCAGAAUGGUAUAGGCUUGAAGACAGGAAAGGGGUGAAAGUAAAUGGGGAGCUGAUGCUUGCUGUCUGGUAUGGUACUCAAGCUGAUGAAACAUUUCCUGAUGCUUGGCACUCUGAUGCAGUUACACCUACUGAUAGUUCGUCCACUAUCUCUACACACAUACGCUCUAAAGUUUACCAUUCUCCAAGACUAUGGUAUGUUCGUGUCAAUGUGAUUGAGGCUCAAGACCUGGUUAUUCCUGAAAAGAAUCGGUUUCCGGAUGCUUAUGUUAAGGCACAGAUAGGUAACCAGGUCUUAAAAACAAGGAUAGUCCAAAGUCGGACAAUGAACCCAGUAUGGAAUGAGGAUUUAAUGUUUGUUGCUGCUGAACCCUUUGAAGAUCAUCUGAUCCUUUCAGUUGAAGAUCGUGUUGGCCCCAACAAAGAUGAGAGCGUUGGCAAGGUUGUUAUACCAUUAAACUCUGUUGAGAAGCGUGCUGAUGAUCGAAUUAUUCAUAGCCGGUGGUUCAACAUGGAAAAGUCCGUUUCAGCUGCCAUGGAUGAGCAUCUGGCAAAGAAAGAUAAGUUCUCUAGUAGACUCCAUCUUCGUGUUGUACUCGAUGGAGGUUACCAUGUGCUUGAUGAGUCAACUCACUACAGUAGUGAUCUUCGACCAACAGCAAAGCAGCUUUGGAAGCCAUCAAUAGGUGUGUUAGAGCUUGGUGUUCUAAAUGCUGAUGGGCUUCACCCGAUGAAAACAAGGGAUGGAAAAGGUACAUCAGAUACAUAUUGCGUAGCGAAGUAUGGUCACAAAUGGGUUAGGACACGAACCAUUAUCAACAGCCUUAGCCCAAAAUACAAUGAGCAAUACACUUGGGAGGUGUACGAUCCUGCAACAGUUCUUACUGUGGGAGUUUUUGAUAACAGCCAGAUUGGUGGUUCAAAUGGUAACAGGGACAUAAAAAUUGGUAAGGUUCGGAUACGACUCUCCACUCUAGAAAGUGGCCGCGUUUAUACACACUCUUAUCCACUACUAGUGCUCCACCCUUCUGGUGUCAAGAAGAUGGGCGAAUUACAUCUGGCAAUACGAUUUUCAUACACAUCAAUGGCAAACAUAAUGUUUCUAUACGCACGGCCCCUUCUACCAAAGAUGCAUUAUGUAAGGCCAUUGACUGUGAUGCAGCAGGACAUGCUGCGGCACCAAGCUGUCAACAUUGUGGCAGCUCGGCUUAGCCGAGCAGAACCCCCUCUUAGGAAAGAAGUUGUUGAGUACAUGUCUGAUGCAGACUCUCAUCUCUGGAGCAUGAGGCGGAGCAAGGCAAACUUCUUCAGGCUGAUGUCUGUUUUCUCUGGAUUGUUUGCUGUUGGAAAAUGGUUUGGUGAAGUUUGCAUGUGGAAAAAUCCAAUCACUACAGUUCUAGUACAUCUCCUCUUUGUGAUGCUUGUGUGUUUUCCAGAACUGAUUCUGCCAACGGUGUUUCUCUAUAUGUUUCUAAUAGGACUUUGGAAUUAUCGUUUCCGAGCAAGAUACCCUCCACACAUGAAUACAAGAAUUUCUUGCGCUGAUGCAGUACACCCUGAUGAGCUUGAUGAAGAGUUUGAUACAUUUCCAACAACACGAAGCCCAGAGAUGGUCCGAAUGAGGUAUGAUAGGCUAAGGAGUGUGGCUGGGAGGAUCCAGACUGUGGUGGGUGAUUUAGCUACCCAAGGGGAGAGAAUUCAAUCGCUAUUAAGUUGGCGGGAUCCUCGUGCCACAACCAUGUUUGUGACAUCCUGUCUUGUGGCUGCCAUCUUCUUGUAUGCAACACCUUUUCAGGUGCUUGCUCUUGUGGCAGGUUUUUACUUUAUGAGACAUCCCAGGUUCCGGCAUCGGACACCAUCAGCACCAAUUAAUUUCUUCCGCCGUCUGCCAGCCAGGACAGAUAGUAUGUUGUAAAUCAGUAAUUGGAGUUUUGUGGCAAAGCCUAUCUCACCGGUGUGUCAGAUUCUGGUUUUGUUUGGUGAUGUUUGUAAAGCUUUGUUGUUUUUAUAUAUUUUCUGUUCGAUGAAUUCUUUGAUGCAAAUAUAUACAUACUGGUAAAUGAAAGCAUCAAACCUGCGUGCA